UCUGCGUAGGGUGCAGUUUAAGAGAAAAUGGAGUAAUGAUUUAAGGUAGUGAAGAAUGAUUGUGGCAUUGUUGUCCAAUAAAUUGAGGUAUUUGAGGGUCGCUGGGUAUUAAUUAAAGAGGUACCAGCUGUCGAAUAGUGCGUGGGUAUGCUUUCCACACAGUUUCACGAAUUUGGAAUUUAUUCGGAGUUACACUCCAAGCCUACUUUUUCUUUGGCAGCUUAGGCUUCCGAUUUGGGAAAGGCUCUUCACUGCUCUCUACCUUUUUCUUUUUUGUUUGUAUGAGUUUGUAUUGAGUGAACUCCUCCUUGGCCUUAUUACUGCCUUUGUUCUUCCCUCUAUUAAUAUCUGUGGUUGGAAAGGGAAGCAAAAGAAGAUCCAGAGCAGUGUAGAAGCUAAGCUAAGCUAAGCUAAGCCAAGCCAAGGUAAGGUAGGUUAGUUGUGAGAGAGAUCCAUUCAUCGAUCUUCAGAUGGGUCGCGGCAAAAUUGAGAUAAAGUUGAUUGAGAACCCCACCAACAGGCAAGUCACCUACUCCAAGCGAAGGAAUGGUAUCUUCAAGAAAGCUCAUGAACUCAGUGUUCUCUGUGAUGCCAAGGUUUCACUCAUCAUGUUCUCAAAAAACAACAAGAUGCAUGAAUAUAUUAGUCCUGGUCUUACCACAAAAAAGAUCGUUGAUCAGUAUCAGAAGACUUUGGGGGAUAUCGAUCUGUGGCGUUCCCACUAUGAGAAAAUGCUUGAGAACUUGAAGAAGCUGAAAGAUAUUAACAACAAACUCAGGAGACAGAUCAGGCACAGGAUUGGUGAGGGUUUGGAUUUGGACGAGCUGAGCUUCCAGCAACUGCGAACUCUUGAAGAGGAUAUGGUCGCUUCCAUAGGGAAAAUACGCGAGCGAAAGUUCCACGUGAUCAAAACUCGGACUGAUACCUGUAGGAAAAAGGUUAAAAGCUUGGAGCAGAUGAAUGGAAAUCUUCUGCUUGAACUUGAAAAGUGUGUGAUCCAUCCACAAUUUCUUUUGCACGAUGAAGGAGACGAGGAAUCAGCAGUUGCACUGGCCAAUGGUGCCUCCACCCUCUAUGCAUUCUGUCAGCACCAUACUCAUCUGAACAUUCCCUCACAUCAUCAACAUCAACACCAUGGAGAAGAACCCUUUAAAAAUGACGAUCUGCGCCUUGCUUAAUUCACUGCAACUUCAAUUUGCAUGCCUCAAUCAGUAGUAACCCAUGUAAAUUAUAUUAAUGUUAACUAGCUCCUCCUACCAUUUCUUAUUUAUGCAUGCAUGCUUUCUACUAUCUUCCUACUGGACCUGUAAACCCAGAAACCUCUCUAUCUCUAUCCAGCUUUAGAGAAUUAACUACCCUAUAUAUGGUGUUUGCCUACAUUCUGCUCUGCAAAAAACAGCAAGAGUGUACUUUAUUUGUUAUUACUGUAAGUUUACUUUGGGUGUGUAUGCAAUGUUCCUUGCUUUUAA